UUUUUACAACUCAAGAUAUGCUAUGUAUAAUUUCUGUUGCUAUAGUUUUUGUAAUGUAUUGUGGUAUUAGAAUUCAGUGUACUCAUUUAGUUUAGUCCCAGGAGUGCUGAAAAAAACUGAAUCAAACGAACCAUUUUACUAGAUAUGUUUUAUCAAUUGUUUUUGUGUUAUUCGUCAGAGUAGUUUUUCGCGAACUAACUUCACGAAUGCUUUAGAGCAAUCUCUCAAAUCCUUAGUCUUUUAUUGUCUUUGAGAUAAGUACGAUAUGAAUCUAUGUGAAAAUUUUGGUCGGAGCAAAAAUUACAAUUUCUAGUUUUUGUCGUCGAAUUUGGAUAUGAAACUGUUCGCUCUCAUUGGCCUUAGAAUAAUCCACUACAGUUUCUUGUAUGGUCUCAAAACCAAAUCAGAAUGAAGUCCUUCCGCAAAUUGUUCUCUGGAAAGUAUCUCUGGAUUACUAACGUAGUGUCCUCCUGUUCUUUCGCCUUCCUGGGGGAUGUUGUCGCUCAACGCAUCGAAGCAAGUAAGAGGAGCGAUACAGAUGAGGGGAUGAGGAAGGGGGUGAGAAGAGAGUGGAAGUGGGAUCGGGAGAGGUCGUUGAGACUGUCCAGCAUGUACUUCCUCUACAGUCCCUGGCAGACUGGACUCUAUCUCCUCAUGGACACAUUCAUACCGGGCACCACUAUUCGAGCAAUCGGGUGCAAAAUAAUCCUCGACGAACUGAAUGCCAUUCCACUGUACAUUUCAUUUGUGACCAUCCUAUCCCUCCGAGAGGGAAACACCCUCAAAGAGUCACUCAACCGAACCAUGACCCAAUUCUGGCCCAUAUAUUCUAUGGACUUGCGUGUAUGGCCCGCAGCCCAGUGUAUCAACUUCCUCUAUGUGGGAUCCGCUUUCAGAGUAACUUAUGUCAACCUUGUGACUUUUAUCUGGGAUAUUUUCUUGUCAUAUACGGUCCAUAAAGAACCAGAAAUAGCAGCACGUGAACGAAGAUUAGAAGACCCAAUCAGCUUCAAAAAGAAAAAUAUACCUUUUGAUAGUCAUGACCAAGCAAUAGUUGGUUGAUAAAAAAGAGAGUUUGUAAUUUUGGAGAGAAACCAAUUCCGUUGCUAUAGCUUCGACAAGAUUUUGUAACGCCGAUCAUUCCGCAGAACUAAUUCUACAACUCAACCAUAUUCAAUAAUUAAAGGAGUACUUUCUAAAUGUAUUUGGAUAAUUGAAUUUACAGACAGAUUUAGCGAAAAUUGCUUUGA